UUGAACUAAACGUGUCUGCUUGUGCUCCGGUUAUUUUUCGACUUUCUGCCUAAGUUUUUUGCCUACGGGCGCAUAUUUUUUCAGACUAUACUUGCACGCUACCCUCUGCAAGGCCGUGCCGCAUUAUCUCUGCUGCACUGCUCUUGCAUCUGCUUUUCUUCUCAUAAACAAGUCGGGCUUUCUCCAAACUGAGGUUAGUUUCUCUGCUCUGCUGAUCGACGCCGCUUGCGCAGGAUCAUAACCGCCAAUUUGCCGAUCUGCGCAACUCUCGCUCCGACUCUCUGCUGCGUCCCACUGUUCAUGACUUCAGGGUGAAAGAGGAGCUGAGCGUUUGAGCCGUGCAACGAGUUGAUCUUCGGAGUUGUCGACGCGCUGCCUUCGUCGAUGUUUGCUGACCCUGUUUCCGCCUUCUCGUGCACCGUCUGCUCCGAAGUGUGAUCUUUACUGGUGCUCUUCAGUGAUUGUGUCUGCCACCGGUGUAAAUUUCUCUUGAUUCUGCUCUCUUCUCAUCUAAUCAAUCAACUCAUCAAUCUCAUUUCAUCUUAUCUUCGUCUCUCAUCACUCAUGCCAAUCUAUUCCACUAUGAUUUCUUGUGCCAUUGCCAUCUGUUAUUCGGUAAAGUGUGCCCUCAGGUGAUGCCAAAGUGUAUUCGCUGCAGUCACGAUAUCACCGGCGACUACUUACGCUGCAACGCCUGCCAGUCUGUCUCCCAUACCGUCUGCCCAGGUCGUGUCCUUCGAAGCUCUAGAAUCAAGCCCUGCUGUACUCGUGCUUUCACCACUGACGACUCCACUCCUGUCCGAGUUGGCUUACCGACCAGGACCUCAAGUGUUAGCUCUCGUGCUGCUCGAUUCGACAGCACUCGUGGAGUACCUCCGGACCGUAGCUCGUCUCUCCCCGAUCUGUCCAAUUUUUUCGACGCAUCUAUGCCGCCUAAGGUAGCCUCUGGGUCGACUGCCCCCCCAUGGUUUUCGGAGUUCCGACUCUACCUUGGUGAUGAGCUAAAUGGCCUGAAGUCGCAGCUCAGCAGCAUCAGCGAGCGCUUGGACAGGCAAGAGGCCGCUAUCACCCAAAAUUCCGCCGACAUAGCCGCGAUUCGCGACGAAGUCGGCUCUCUGAGAAAGGAUCCCCGCCUGGUAGACUCCUGCGAGAUGCUUGUGACCGGCUUACCCGCCGACCUGAAUCUCUCGAACGAUCAGAUUCUGGUCAAGAUUUUUGAAGCCCUAGAUCUUGAUGGCUACUCACGCUUCGUUGCUCGCACGAGAGACUGGCAGCCCAAGCCCAAGAAUUGCACCCGUGAUGACAACGCGGAUGCCCCUCGCACUAAGGCCUUUGUCUUCAAAUGCUCAUCGCCUACUAUACGCGAUGAUGUCAUCUUCCACUCUGGCAGGCUCUCAGGCAAGGACCACCAAUCGCUGUUCGGCAUGGGUGGCUCAGGCAGGGUCAUGCUUCGACCACUGUGGCCUACCCCCGUUCACCGCCUUCUGUCUCAGGCCCGCGAGGCAGCGGUCAAGCUCAAUUACGCGCGACCGUUGGUGCGUGACUUGGUCGUCUGCAUGAGGGAGACGAGUGGCUCAACUCUUGUACCUGUCUACAGUGCUGAUGACUUGAAGGCCCUCAAGUCAAGGCCACAAUGACGGUCACUCAAACCCUCUACUCGCCUGCCCACCACCCACCCUCUGAGACUUUCCUCGUGCCUGAUGCCCCCGACUCAGUGUUUCAACUUGACGGCUACAACUUUUUCCACAACGACAGAUCUGAGAGGGGUGGUGGCGGUGUAGCGGCCUAUGUCCGCGACUGCUUUCGAGUCAAAACUCUGGCCGCCUCAAGUCCAAAGUACGACAAUACUCCGGAGUUUUUGAUUCUCGACCUAUCUUACAAAUCGACGAAUCUUUUGCUCGCUGCAGUCUAUAUGAGACCCCACUGUACUCAAGUCAACUCUUUCUUUGAUACCUUGGCAGUAUUCCUACCAAAGUAUACCAAU